AUGUGUGUUAACCAAUGCUCAACCAUUCACUGGAUUACUGAGGGAUGGCGAAAAGAAGAAAUCGAUCUAAGCGAUGAUAUCACCCAAUCCAUGACACACCCCAUGCGGGACAUGAAUAAUCGAAACGACAAAACUGGCAAAGCUAGACAAUAA